CAUCAGGGUCUGCAGAUAAGACCCUGAUGAUUUGGAAUCUGAACCCUAAGGCCAGGGCGUUCCGGUUUGUUGGACACAAAGAUGUCAUCACAGGGAUCCAGUUCUCCCCUGCAGGAGAUCUGGUCGUCUCUGCGUCCCGGGACAAGACUGUACGGCUGUGGACGCCCAGCAUGUGAGUGAAGAGAAAACCACCUGAUAUCCCGGGGAUCGAACUCACUAUCCUGGCGUUGCAAGAGCCAUGUUCUACCAACUGAGCUACAGAGAACCACACCCACACCUGGCUUUAGACGACACAUUCAUGCAGUCUCUGGCAGUUGUCAUUAAGAUCACAACACCCUUCAGCUAGUGCCUAGACUAUCCAACUUCAUUGACAUUUGAACAACCUGAGAUAUUGUAUUCUGGAGCUAGCCUACCUAACUUUAAUGUCUCCUUGCACAACAUUGAACAUUACCUGCUAGAUUCACCUUAGUGCAUUGCUGUUAGAUGUUUGUUACCCACAUUUCCCUCUCUGAGCACCUGUCUCUUUCUUUCCUGUGUUUUUCAGUAAAGGAGAGUCGAUGGUGUUCAAAGCCCACACGGCUACAGUACGCAGUGUCAACUUUUCUCACGACGGCCAGAGGCUGGUGACGGCGUCGGACGACAAGUCUGUCAAGGUGUGGAGCGUCCACAGACAACGUUUUGUCUACUCACUCAACCAGCACACCAACUGGGUCCGCUGCGCCAGGUACUGAACCAACAACUGUGUGUAUGUGUGCGUGUUUGUGGUUGGUUUACACCAUAAAGUAGGGCUGUAACGAUUCACCGAUAUGCAUCGGUCCCCAGUUCAAGAUAUGAGUGAGCGCAUCGGUCUGUGGGAUCCCAAACCGAUCUAAAUGUAGCAAGCAUCGGUCAGAAAAUCGAUUCAAUCGUUACGAAUUUCCGGUUCACUAAAAUGUUUUAAAAUACUUUAUUAUUUUGUGACAACUGUGUCCUCUCCUUCAGUAUUGAACUAAGCAUGCAAUUAUGUUGACAGUAUUGAUUUACAAGUCAUUUUGCAUGCCGAACAACCCCAAGCAAUAUCAGUAGCCUAGUCAAAUUGCGCGCUGAGUGCAGCUUCGCACGCUGACCAACGGCCUAUUCCUGAUCUGGCACAUCUGCACGUCACCUUCAGCAUUCAAAAGUUUGUAAAAUGGCUUUAGAUGUUUAUUUAGUCACAUGCACAGGGUCGCAAAUGUAGUUGCAGUGUACAGUGAAAUUCUUGAGCUCCGAGCUCCAACAUUGGUGAGAAUUAAACAAUAAAAAAGUAAUAAUAUAGGAAGUCCGGGGGAGCAGGUGGGGGGACAGGGCGAGCAGGUAGCUGACUAGUGGUGGCUAUUCAGCAUCCUGAUGGUCUGGGGGUAUAAGCUGUUGGCCAGUCUGUUAGUUUUAGCCAUGAUACUCCUGUACUGCCUGCGUCUGACUCAUGGAAGUCCAGGCCGUGGCUUAGGUGGCUGAGGACCCUUUAUUAGUUGAGUGACAACCAAGGUAUUUUUAUCAAAUGCGCUGUUGAAAGUUGUGUUUUACCCUAAUAAAAGUAGCCUAAGGUACCGGUGGGGAGACAACUCUCAUCUGACUAUAGGUAGGCUAAAUGCUGACCGGGUCUUACAUUAGAUAUUAUUUUGAUUGUUCAGAUUCACAAUCAGCAAUAGUUUUGGUAGUUUUGCUUGAAACAAUCAGUAUAUAUGGUUAUUUUUAGAUGGGUAAAGUUGAAGCGGGAGAAAAAGAGAGGCUCACUCGGAGUCCAUCAACUUCCAAAUGGUCUAAACCAUUUGGUUACGAGAUGGAUGAAAUCCAAGUUGUGCUAUACUGUAUAUUCAUUGACUAUGUCAUAGCAAUUUUUUAAAAGAUAAAUAUUGAUAGCUCUAACACUUUUAAUCUGCAAAAAUGCAAAAUGCAAUGCAAAUGCAAAAAUGACAAAUGGUGGCGAUUUCAGAUCAAAAGUAUGUGGGGAGGGGGGGUGAUGUGGCCACACUGGGAUUGUUGUGUGUUGUGACAAGGUAUGGGUGGUAUACAGAAGAUAGCCCUAUUUGGUAAAAGACCAAGUCCAUAUUAUGGCAAGAACAGCUCAAAUAAGCAAAGAGAAAUGACAGUCCAUCAUUACUUUCAGACAUGAAGGCCAUUACAAGCUAUGAAGGACAAAUACUGGAGUUUUUGUGCAGGUACAUCCAACUAGCUCAAAAAUAAUAUUGCAAUAUUGUCAACGAUACGAUAUAUCGUCAAAAAUAAUAUCUGUAUCAAUAUGUAACUGUAUCAAUAUUAUUUUUCUGGUCAAAAAAAUAAAAAAAAGAUCACUACUGCGGCCGAAGAUUGUGUUUGUAUUUUGUCAUUCAGGUUUUCACCUGACGGCCGUCUGAUUGCAUCCUGUGGUGACGACCGCACAGUGCGACUGUGGGACACCUCCACCAAACAGUGCAUCAACUGCUUCACAGACUAUGGAGGGUAAGAAAGAUACUUAUUUUUAUAUAUUUAUUGUUCAUUUUCUGUGUGUAUUUGAUUAAGGCUAUACAAAACCUGUCAUUGUUUUUUCAUUUGCACAUUUGGCAUUUGUAAUAAAAUAAAGUCAGAUCAUGUCCACGGGGGGGACAGUAUGAAAAGUAAAAAAAUAAUGUAUGCACUCACUAACUGUAAGUCGCUCUGGAUAAGAGCGUCUGCUAAAUGACUAAAAUGUAAAUGUAAUGUUGAUGUGACAUUAUGAAUGUCUGUAAGGGGGAGGGGGGUUUAACCAGUGUGAAGGUUUUUCAACAUGACCGCUAGGUGGUGCUGUUGUAUUACAUUUUUUAAUGUUUGGACCCACCUGAGAUGAUUGACUCCUUUGAUAAGUAGUACCCUAUUCCCUCCACCUUCCUAGAUCAGCAACAUUUGUAGACUUCAACACCAGUGGCACCUGUAUAGCAUCCUCAGGAGCAGACAACACACUGAAGAUCUGGGACAUACGGACAAACAAACUGCUCCAGCAUUACCAAGGUAACAAGCUUUUAAAAGGCUUAAGAAUUCUACUGAAUGAAAGCCUGGUUGCCAGAUCUUUUUCUAUUUUAGCCAGUCUGAGUGUACUGUAUUAGAAACACACCUGGCAACUAAGCUUACUAUAUUAGAGAGCCCAGGUUGGAUUUCUGCACACCUAAACCUCGGUCUUUGGUAUCAGUCCACAGUGCGGGGAUCAAUUGCUUUUCCUUCCACCCAUCUGGUAACUACCUGAUCAGUGGCUCCAGUGACAGCACAGUGAAGAUCCUGGACCUCCUGGAGGGACGCCUCAUCUACACCCUCCACGGACACAAGGUAACGCUUAGGCCACAUUUAGGACCACGCUAAGGCUGUUCUUUAUGCUACAGUAUGUGGACAUCCCCAUCUGAAAAGAACAGGAAGGCCCGCACACUGUUUAUGCUCCCAAUUCACUGCUUUAUUCACUAUGUUUCGAUCCGAAAUGGAUCUUCGUCAGGUCAAACAGACUGAGUGCUCACAUCCCAAAAUAUACCCAUUUCAUCUCACAUGACCAUUACGCACAUGAUGCAUGGUGGGUGUGUAAACCAUUCAAUUCACUUUUGCGCAUAGUCAAUCAUAAUUAAUCACAGAGGUACAUAUGGUCAUAUGGGUCCAAGUUAAAAACCUAGGCAACAGUAAAAAAAAAAAAAAAAGAGAUUACGUUGGAAACUGUUGGAAUAUCUAUUUGUAAGUCGCUCUGGAUAAGAGCGUCUGCUAAAUGACGUAAAUGUAAUGUAAAUUAAUACCUGCCCAUAUGACCAUUACGUGCAGGAGGCGCGGUGGCCAUAGAUAUAAUUACAGUGACCUAUUUUUUUUUUUUAACUACUUGUGUAUCUCUAAUAAUUUGAUAUCAAUGAUUCAAUACAGUGCCUUUGAAAAGUAUUCAGACCCCUUGACUUUUUACACAUUUUGUUACAUUAAAGCCUUAUUCUAAAAUUUAUGAAAUAGUUUUUUCCCAUCGUCAAUCAACACACAAUACCCCAUAAUGACAAAGCCAAAACAGGUUUUUAUAAAUUUUUGCCAAUGUAUUACAAAUAAAAAACGGAAAUAUCACAUUUACGUAAGUAUUCAGACCCUUUACUCAGUACUUUGUUGAAGCACCUUUGGCAGCGAUUACAGCAUCAAGUCUUUUGGGGUAUGACGCUACAAGCUUGGCACACCUGUAUUUGGGGAGUUUCUCCCAUUCUUCUCAGCAGAUCCUCUCAAGCUCUGUCAGGUUGGAUGGGGAGCGUCGCUGCACAGCUAUUUUCAGGUCUCUCCAGAGAUGUUUGAUCGGGUUCAAGUCCGGGCUCUUGCUGGGCCACUCAAGGACAUUCGGAGACUUGUCCCGAAGCCACUCCUGCGUUGUCUUAGCUGUGUGCUUAGGGUCAUUGUCCAGUUGGAAGGUGAACCUUCGCCCCAGUCUGAGGUCCUGAGCGCUCUGAAGCAGGUUUUCAUCAAGUAUCUCUCUGUACUUUGCUCCGUUCAUCUUUCCCUCGAUCCUGACUAGUCUCCCAGUCCCUGUCGCUGAAAAACAUCCCCACAGCAUGACGCUGUCACCACCAUGCUUCACUGUAGGGAUGGUGCCAGGUUUCCUCCAGACAUGACGCUUGGCAUUCAGGCCAGAGAGUUCAAUCUCGGUUUCAUCAGACCAGAGAAUCUUGUUUAUCAUGGUCCGAGAGUCCUUUAGGUGCCUUUUGGCCAACUCCAAGCGGGCUGUCAUGUGCCUUUUACUGAGGAGUGGCUUCCGUCUGGCCAAUCUACCAUAAAGGCCUGAAUGGUGGAGUGCCGCAGAGACGGUUGUCCUUCUGGAAGUUUCUCCCAUCUCCACAGAGGAACUCUGGAGCUCUGUCAGAGUGACCAUCGGGUUCUUGGUCACCUCCCUGACCAAGGCCCUUCUCCCCCGAUUGCUCAGUUUGGCCGGUUGGCCAGCUCUAGGAAGAGUCUUGGUGGUUCUCAAACUUCUUCCAUUUAAGAAUGAUGGAGGCCACUGUGUUCUUGGGGACCUUCAAUGCUGCAGACAUUUUUCGGUACCCUUCCCCAGAUCUGUGCCUCGACACAAUCCUGUCUCGGAGCUCUACGGACAAUUUUCAAUGUCUGAAAACCUGUUUUCGCUUUGUCAUUAUGGGGCAUUGUGUGUAGAUGAGGAUUAUUUAUUUAAUCCAUUUUAGAAUAAGGCUGUAAUGUAACAAUGUGGAAAAAGUAGAGCUGAUGUUGUGAUGAGCCUCCAUGAAAUGCGCAGCCACAGGGUUUCUCUGGUCAAGGGUCCUGAUAUUACUCCUGUGUUCUGCUAUCCUUGUUAUCAACGCUCGUUUUGUUUUACAUACAUAGCAUAGACCACAAAAACACUUGAUCAGGUAUACCACAUUUUUUGUGGAACACGUAAUGAUGCCCUAUAUAAUCCUUUAUGACCAUAUGUACCUCUGUGAUUUAAUUAUGAUUGACUACGCGUAAAAGUGAAUGAAAUUGUUUCCACACCCACCAUGCGUCAUGUGCGUAAUGAUCAUGUGAGAUGAAAUGGGUAUAUUUUGGGAUGUGAGCACUCAGUCUGUUUGACCUGACGAACAUCCAUUUUGGAUCGAAACGUAGUCAGUGAAUUGGGAGCAUAAACAGUGUGCAGGCCUUCCUGUUCUUCACAUGUAUUCUUUGUUAGCCCAAAACCUACAUUUUUAAGGAUGUGCGUAUGACCACAAACUUUUCUAUAGACAUACCCAUCUGAACCAUAGAAAUAGAAUUGCUAGUUUAGUAGUAGUAAUUCAAAUUCUAUGAUAUGAACAUUUGUGGGAAGCAAUGAGCUAUCAUGGUCUCUGGUCGAUUUUCUUACAUUGUAGUAUCUGUGAUUUGAAGUGGUCUAGUGUCUGUUUGAUUUUGUUGUUGUUUUGACUCUUAGGGACCUGUCCUGACUGUGGCCUUCUCCAGGGGAGGAGACCUCUUUGCCUCAGGGGGUUGUGAUGCUCAGGUGGGUGGACUAAUUGUGUGUUCAUGAUAUGAAGGGAAGCAGAUGGCUGCCUACCUGUAACCUGGGUCAUGUUCAGUAGGGCACACUAGCAAAAUAUUUGUCUACAUAAAGUCAAAAUCUGAUCAGUGUUCUUAUUGAAGAAAUGCAGGUAGUAGAUCUCUGUAUGCUCCCAUCUUAUUUGCAAUGAUGAGCUGGUGCCCUGCCGUAAUGGCUCACAUCUAUCAACAUUUACAUGUGUCAUUUAACAGAGCGAUUUACAGGAACAAUCAGGGUUAAGUGCCUUGCUCAAGGGCACAUGGACAGAGUUUUCGGAUCCAACGACCUUCCAACGCUCUUAACCGCUAGGCUACCUACCGCCCCCAGGUUCUGAUGUGGAAGACCAACUUUGAUGCGUUUGACUACCGGGAGGUCCUGAGCAGACACAGCCAGCGGGUCACCCCCAACCCCCCUCCUCACCUGACAGACAUCUACCCCCGAGGACCACACCUCCACUCUUCCCAGUCUGGGGCCAUAGAGGUCAGAGGGCAACACAGACAUAACAACAUGAAUAAACACAAUCAUCUUCUCACUGACUUCACAUUUUAUUCUAGUUAUUUAGCAGAUGUUCUUAUCCAGAGUCACUCAGAUACUAGAAGUGCAUUUGACUAUAUCAGGGCGUAUAAUUAACACCUGCCAAAUGCGGGUACAUUUUGGUAUUGGCGGGUAAGUUGGUCGACUGUACCAGCCACCUAUUCUGUGGGGGGGAAAAAUGGCUGUUUGAUUUUUUUCAUCUACCUGCCACAGUGGCUAAUGGACCGAAAAGUUAGUUUCAGGCCCUGCUAAAUGCACUAAUAUCGAAAAUACAUGUGUAAAUUCGAGGUAGGGCAGAAUAGUUGGACCAUGGAUUCAAAUAAGACUUGUUAUAAGCAUCCACAACAUCAUGUUAGCUCCUACAAUGUAAAAUGCAUAUUCCUAUAAAUGCUUCCAUAAUGCAUUGCGUACAGGUGGUGUUUGUAUUCCUAAUGCUUUACACCAUUGUGUGACCAUUGCUCUCCUCCUCCCUCCCCAUAGAUCAGUCCCAUGGUGGCAGACACCCAGACCACUGACCCAGCUGUCAUAGAGGUGGGCCAGGCCCUUUAUACAGCCACCACGGUAAGACCCCUUCUACCUACCAGCACUACCUCCCUCACAGCCAAUCAGCACAGUCAUAUGUCCGUUUCAUCUGGCUAUAACUGAGCUGAGUUGUCUUCAUUAGGCAUGAAACAAAAUAAAACAGUCCAAAACUGAGUGAAACGGGGGUACAAUAUGAACUUGUCCAAUAAGAAACAGUUUCAAUUUUCCCUUGCCAAACAUUUUGCUAAUGUGUGCCCUAAUGAACAUGUCCCUGGAUUGACCACCAGAGCCUAUAUACACCAGAGCCUAUAUAUAAUGGUGUGCUAUCUGAGUUUCACGGGUAGACUUCAUGAUGGGCAACAGGGCAACAAUUCAUGUGUAACAUGUAUAGUCCACCAGGUGGCGAUACAGGCCAGUGUUUAAUUGUCUCAUUGGUGACAACAGCAUUAUAAAGACCUCUGUGUGUGCUCUCCAUUGCAGUGCACCGACCCACAAUGCACUCAAUGGAGGUCACAAUACCAGGGAGGUAUUUUACAUUGACAAACAGAGCAACACUGUACUGUAAGCAGUUUGGGCUUCUCUGUGGAAGAACAAAGUAAUAUGUAAUUCAUUCAUGAGUUAAUGCACUCGUUCAUUCAUGAGUUAGUUUAUUCAUUGAUUCAUGAGUUCGUUCAUGUGUUCGUUCAUUCAUGUCAGAUAGGCCUAAAUGGGCACACUGCUGUGGACAGACACAGUUUGACAUGGCAUUGUUGGUAGCAUCCAGCAUCUUUGUAGAUCAUGUAGUACAGUAUGUGUGUGUGUUUGAGUAUUGAGUUAAUGUUAUCACAGUACACAAUGUGGGAACAACAUGCCUGCUGAAUAUGCAGAUCCCAUUCAUGCAUGUAGGCAGCAAAGAGCUUCCUCUCCUCUCCUCUGUACCUCCCCCGUACCUCUCCCGUCUCUGCACUGUGAAUAGUGCCUUUGGCUUGUACAGUACUUGUGUCUGGCUGAGUAUACUAUCCUCCUGUUCCUUUUCUCUCUCCCCCUCUUUCUCUCUGUCUCCUGCCUCUUUCUCUCUGUCUCCCCCCUCUCUCUCUCUCCCCCCCCUCUCUCUCUGUCUCCCCCCUCUUUCUCUCUGUCUCCCCCCUCUCUCUCUCUGUCUCCCUGCCUCUCUCUCUCUGUCUCCUGCCUCUUUCUCUCUGUCUCCCCCCUCUUUCUCUCUGUCUCCCGCCUCUUUCUCUCUGUCUCCCGCCUCUUUCUCUCUGUCUCCCGCCUCUUUCUCUCUGUCUCCCCCCUCUUUCUCUCUGUCUCCCCCUCUUUCUCUCUGUCUCCCCCCUCUUUCUCUCUGUCUCCCCCCUCUUUCUCUCUGUCUCUCCCCCCUCUUUCUCUCUGUCUCCCUCCUCUUUCUCUCUGUCUCCCGCCUCUUUCUUCUCCCCUUUUCUCCGUCUCCCCUCUUUCUCUCUGUCUCCCUCCCGCCUCUUUCUCUCUGUCUCCCCCCUCUUUCUCUUUCUCCCCCCCUCUUUCUCUCUGUCUCCCCCUCCGUCUCCCCCCUCUUUCUCUCUGUCUCCCCCCUCUUUCUCUCUGUCUCCCCCUCUUCUCUCUGUCUCUCCCCGCCUCUUCUCUCUGUCCCCCACCUCUUUCUCUCCUUGUCUCCCUCCCCCCUCUUUCUCUCUGUCUCAAGCCUCUUUCUCUCUGUCUCCCCCCUCUUUCCCUCUGUUCUCCCGCCUCUUGCUCUCUGUCUCCCGCCUCUUUCUCCUGGUUCCCUCCUCUUUCUCUCUGUCUCCGCCUCUUUCUCUGUAUCCCCCCUCUUUUCUUCUGUCUCCCCCUCUGUCUCUUGUCUCCCCCCUCUUUCUCUCUGUCUCAAGGCCUCUUUCUCUUCUGUCUCCCCCCUCUUUCUCUCUGUCUCCCGCCUCUUUCUCUCUGUCUCCCGCCUCUUUCUCUCUGUCUCCCCCGUCUUUCUCUUUGUCUCCCGCCUCUUUCUCUCUGUCUCCCCCCUCUUUCUCUUUGUCUCCCCCCUCUUUCUCUUUGUCUCUCUCUCUCUCAUUUCUCUCUCUAUGUGAGGUUGUCUUGGCUAGGCUCCCUGUGUGAGUCGCCAGAGCGUGGCUGAGUGGAUGCCCGUGCCAGCCAGAGGAGAGAGGGAGAGAGGCAUCUCCCAGACUAACAUAUACACACACACACUCUGUUAGCUAACGGAGGCCUGUACUGAAUGAGUUCACCCCCUGGUCCUUCCCUGUCACCUCACAUCACCGGGGAGGACUACAAGAUAACCUUCCUGCCCUGGAUUAGUGUUUCCUAAUGGUGCUUCCUAACCAAGCGAAGGGAGGGAGAGUGUGAGGGUGGGAGGGAGAGUGUGGGGGGACAGAAUUUUCCCUGGAGGGGGUCUUUUCCCACUGACAGUAAUUAUUUCAGGGUGAUACCCUCUCUGUGUGUGUGUAUGCUUUCAUAUGUUAUAGGCUGUUUGUGCGUAUGUGUUUGUGUUUUGGAGACUGUGUGUGUGCAUACGUAGACUUUUAUAAGUGUGUGACUGGGUAUAGUAUGCCGAUGAGGCUACAUGCCAAUAUCAUGUAUGCUUGCGUUCGUAAAUCUAUGGGGUAAAUUGUGUGACGCACUUUGACAUGACUCAAUACAUGUAGAUCCUCACUGCUUUCUACUUACUUACCUGUUCUCUCUUCCCUUUUAUGAUCUCUCUCUUUCUCUCCUCUCUCUCUCUUUCUCUCUCUUUCAUUGUCUCUCUCUAUCAUUCUCACUCUCCAUUCUCUCUCUCUUCUUCUCUCCUUUCUCUCUCUCCUUUUUCUCUCUCUCCCUCCUUUCUCUCAUUCUCUCUCUCUCUCUCUCUUCUCUCUCUUUCUUACGCAUUCUCUCUCUCCGUUCUCUCUUUUAUCUCAUUCUCUCUUUCUCUCUUUCUUUCUCUCUCUUUCUCUCAUUCCUCUUUCUCUCUCAUUCUCUCUCUCCCUCCUCUCUCCUUUCUCUCUCAUUCUCACGCCUUUCUCUCUUUCUCUCUCAUUCUCUCUCUCCGUUCUCUCUCUUUUAUCUAAUUCUAUCUCUCAUUCUCUCAUGCUCUCUCGCUUAUUCUCUUUCUCUCUCAUUCUCUCUCUCCUCUCUCUUUAUUUCUCUCAUUAUCUCUCCUCUCUUCUCACAUCUCCCUCCAUUCCUCAUCUCUUUCUCUCAUGUCUCGUAUCUUUCUUUCUCCCUUCUACUCCAUUCUCUCUCUUUCUCUCAUUCUCUCUCUUUCUUUCUCUCAUUCUAUCUCAUUCUCUUUCUUUCUCUCGUUCUCGCUCUCAUUCUCUCUUUCUCUUCUCUCUUUCUCUUCCCUCUCUCAUUUCCCUCUCUCAUACCCUCUCUCAUUCUCUCUCUCAUUCUUUUUAUUUUUCUGGUUCUUUCUCUCAUUAUCUCGCUCUCUCCUUCUCUCCUUUCUAUUUCUCUCUCCUUUCUUUCUCUCUUCUCUCAUUCUCUCUCCUUUCUCUCAUUCUCUCUCCCUCCCUCUUCCUCCUUUUAUUCUCUCUCCUUUCUCUCUCAUUCUCACUCUCCUUUCUCUCUUUCUCUCUCAUUCUCUCUCUCCGUUCUCUCUCUUUUAUCUAAUUCUUUCUCUCAUUCUCUCUUUCUCUCUCUCAUUCUCUCGCUCAUUCUCUUUCUCAUUCUCUCGCUUAUUCUCUUUCUCUCUCAUUUCUCGCUCAUUCUCUCUCUCUCGCUCUUUCUCACUCCAUUCUCUCUCUCUUUUCUCUCAUUCUUGCUUUCUCCCAUUCUCUUUCGGCUCGCUCUUUCCCGCUUCUCGCUCGUUCUCGUUCUCUUCUCUUACUCAUUCACUCAAUGCUCUUCCGUCUCUCCUCUCUCUCCUUAUCUCUCAUUCUCUUCCGCUUUUCUCUCUCUCUUCUCGAUCUCUUUCUCUCAUUCCUCUCUCAUUUGUCCUCUUUCCUCUCAUCCUCUAUGUUUCCUCUAUUUCCUAUAUCUCUCCUUUCUCUUUCUCUCUCAUUUUCUCAUCUCUCUCUUUCUCUCAUUCUCUCUCCUUUUCUCUCAUUCUCUUUCUCUCUCAUUAUCUCGCUCUCUAUUUCUAUAUCUCUCUCUUUCUCUCAUUCUCUCUCCUCUCUCUCUCUCAUUCUCUCUCUCCUUCUCUCUCUCCUCUCUGUCUCUCUGUCUGUCUCUCACUCUCUCUUGCCUUAUUAUCUUUCUCUCGUACUUUCUCUAAUUCUCUCUCUCAUUCCCUCUCUCAUUCUCUCUCAAAUUGAAAUGGCUUUAUUGGCAUGGAAAGUGUUACCACAUACAGUGCAUUCGGAAAGUAUUCAGGCCCCUUGACUUUUUCCUCAUUUUGUUACGUUACAGCCUUAUUCUAAAUUGGAUUAAAUUAAAUGUUUUCCUCAUCAAUCUACACACAAUACCCCAUAACGACUAAGCGAAUACAGGUUUUUAGAAAUUUUAGCAAAUGUAUUAAAAAUAAAAACAAAUACCUUUAUUUACAGAAGUAUUCAGACCCUUUGCUAUGAGACUCGAAUUUGAGCUCAGGUGCAUCCUGUUUCCAUUGAUCAUCCUUGAGAUGUUUCUACAACUUGAUUGGAGUCCAACUGUGGUAAAUUCAAUUGAUUGGACAUGAUUUGGAAAGGAAUACACCUGUCUAUAUAAGGUCCCACAGUUGACAGUGCAUGUCAGAGCAAAAACCAAGCCAUGAGGUCGAAGGAAUUGUCCGUAGAGCUCAGAGACAGGAUUGUGUCGCGGCACAGAUCUGGGGAAGGGUUCCUCUGUGGAGAUGGUUGUCCUUCUGGAAGGUUCUCCCAUAUUUGCAGCACUCCACCAAUCAGGCAUUUAUGGUAGAGUGGCCAGACUGAAGCCACUCUUGAGUAAAAGCCCGCUUGGAGUUUGCCAAAAGGCACCUAAAGGACUCUCGGACCAUGAUAAUCAAGAUUCUCUGGUCUGAUGAAACCAAGACUGAACUCUUUGGCCUGAAUGCCAAGUGUCAAGUCUGGAGGAAACCUGGCACCAUCCCUAGGGUGAAGCAUGGUGGUGGCAACAUCAUGCUUUGGGGAUGUUUUUCAGCGGCAGGGACUAGUCAGGAUUGAGGGAAAGAUGAACGGCGCAAAGUACAGAGAGAUCCUUGAUGAAAAUCUUCUCCAGAGCGCUCAGGACCUCAGACUGUGGCGAAGGUUCACCUUCUCACAGGACAAUGACCCUAAGCACACAGCCAAGACAACGCAGGGGUGGCUUCAGGACAAGUCUCUGAAUGUCCUUGAGUGGCCCAGCCAGAGCCUGGACUUGAACCUGAUCGAACAUCUCUGGAGAGACCUGAAAAUAGCUGUGCAGCAACGCUCCCCAUUCAACCUGACAAAGCUUGAGAGGAUCUGCAGACAAGAAUAGGAGAAACUCCCCAAAUACAGGUGUGCCAAGCUUGUAGCGUCAUACCCAAAAAGACUUGAGGCUGUAAUUACCGCCUAAGGUGCUUCAACAAAGUACUGAGUAAAGGGUCUGAAUAUUUAUGUAAAUAUAAUAUUUCAGUUUUCAAUACAUUUGCAAAAAAAUCUAAACCUGUUUUUGCUUUGUCAUUAUGGAGUAUUGCGUGUAGAUUGAUGAAAAACUAUUUAAUACAUUUUAGAAAACGGCUGUAACGUAACAAAGUGGAAAAAGUAAAGGGAUCUGAAUACUUUCCGAAGGCACUGUAUAUUAGAGACUUCCUCCUAACCACCUGGGAGUUAACACUGUUUUUUAAUUUUUUUAUUUCACCUUUAUUUAACCAGGUAAGCCAGUUGAGAACAAGUUCUCAUUUACAACUGCGACCUGGCCAAGAUAAAGCAAAGCAGUGCGAUUAAAAACAACACAGAGUUACAUAUGGGGUAAAAAACAUAGUCAAAAAUACAACAGAAAAUAUAUAUACAGUGUGUGCAAAUGUAGCAAGUUAUGGAGGUAAGGCAAUAAAUAGGCUAUAGUGCAAAAUAAUUACAAUAGUAUUAACACUGGAAUGCUAGAUGUGCUUAAAAGAAAUACUCAGUGUAUUUUCUUUGUACUUUGAUGGCUUCUGCUCUGCCAUUAUGAGCAUGAUUCCCAUGAUUUGUCUCAAUGAAUGCUCUAUCUUUUCAGGUCCUGUAAAGAUAUUGAUAGAAUUAACGAUCUCUCCUCUGAUUAACACAAAGGCCUGCAUAUCGACAACAACAACGAUGUCCUUUUUGCUAUUAUGUGAUGUACUAAUUGUGGAGGUGGUGUUCCUGUAACUGAGAUAUUUACGCAACAUUUCCCAACUAGUCAAUCGUCUGGCAACAGAGGAGACAAAACGGAAAACGUUCCAAGACACCGUAUACAUCCCGUAAUCCUCUCUUUAUCGGCCCUCUCCCUCCCAGCAGCCCUCACUGCAGUCGCUGUGGGAAGGCAUCAUGUGAGUGGCCAAACAUGAUCUCACUCGUCAAAUAUACAGGAGGGGCAAGCCGGAUCACUAAUUCAGUAGGGUUCUCUGUCUCUCCUCUCCUCCCCUCCCUCACUCAGUCUCUUCCUCUCUUUCAUCUCCCUGUUAUGCAAUGAGCAUAAGACUCAGAGGAAGCAGGCAGGCUGUAGCUUGAGGGCUGUGCUGCUGCCUUGGACUACCCAAGGCCGGCCCGCUCAUUAGGCAGGAUUAGGCGGCCGCCUCUGGCGGCAGAUUGACGAGGGCGGCAUAUUCUGAGCUAAACUGACCAAGACGCACCUCCAACAACAACACACAAAACCUCACACAAUUUCUCUCAACCAGAGGCAUAUGUGCUUUUUAGGUGAGCUUUGAUGCCGCCCUAUGAUAAGCUGUGCCCACUUUAUCAAAGGCAGGGAUGCAAAAUAUUUAUCUUGUCCAUUCCAAGCGCGCCUCUCCAGGGUGCUAUUGGAGAGACGCAUCGCUGCGGCACUCCACCAACAUUUAGUUCAGGCUGGAGAUACAAUGUAAUGAGACAAACUUUUUACAUCAUGCAGGUUUCUCCGAUCAAAUAGUCUAACCUAAAUGGCACCCAAUCAAAUAAAAAAUGUGCCGACGUGUUAACAAACAACACACACUACAGAUACAAAAGCAUGUGGACACCCAUUCAAAUUAGUGGAUUCAGCAAUUUUAGCCACACCCAGUGUAUAAAAUCGAGCACACAGCCAUGCAAUAUUCAUAGACAAACAUUGGUAGUAGAAUGGCCUUACUGAAGAGCUCAGUGACGUUCAACGUGUCACUGUCAUAGGUUGCCACCUUUCGAACAAGUUAGUUUGUCAACUUGGGUAGUCCAAGGCAGCAGCACAGCCCUCAAGCUACAGCCUGCCUGCUUCCUCUGAGUCUUAUGCUCAUUGCAUAACGGGGAGAUGAAAGAGAGGAAGAGACUGAGAGAACCCUGCUAGAGCUGCCCCAGUCAACUGUAAGUGCUGUUAUUGUGAAGUGGAAACGUCUAGGAGCAACAACGGCUCAGCCGCGAAGUGGUAGGCCACACAAGCUCACAGAAUGAGACCGCCGAGUGCUAAAGCGAGUAGCGUGUAAAAAUUGUCUGUCCUCGGUUGCAACACUCACUACCGAGUUCCAAACUGCCUCUGGAAGCAACGUCAGCACAAUAACUAUUUGUCGGGAGCUUCAUGAAAUGGGUUUCCAUGGCCGAGCGUCAGCUGGAGUGGUGUAAAGCUCGCCGCCAUUGGACUCUGGAGCAAAAUAAACGUGUUCUCUGGAGUGAUGAAUCACGCUUCACCAUCUGGCAGUCCAACGGACUAAUCUGGGUUUGGCGGAUGCCAGGACAACGUUACCUGCCCGAAUGCAUAGUGCCAACUGUAAAGUUUGGUGGAGGAAGAAUAAUGGUCUGGGGUUGUUUUUCAUGGUACGGGCUAGGCCCCUUAGUUCCAGUGAAGGGAGAUCUUAACGCUACAGCAUACAAUGACAUUCUAGACAAUUCUGUGAUUCCAACUUUGUGGCAACAGUUUGGGGAGGGCCCUUUCCUGUUUCAGCAUGACAAUGCCCCUGUGCACAAAGUGAGGUCCAUACAGAAAUGGUUUGUCGAAAUCGGUGUGGAAGAACUUGACUGGCCUGCACAGAGCCCUGACCUCCACCCCAUCGAACACCUUUGGGAUGAAUUGGAACGCCGACUGACCUCACUAAUGCUCUUGUGGCUGAAUGGAAGCAAGUCCCUGCAGCAAUGUUCCAACAUCUAGUGGAAAGACUUCCCAGAAGAGUGGAGGCUGUUAUAGCAGCAAAGGGGGGACCAACUCCAUAUCAAUGUAGAUGAUUUUGGAAUGAGAUGUUCGAUGAGCAGGUGUCCACAUACUUUUGGUCAUGUAGUGUAUCCUAAAAACAGGACAGGUCAAAGUAAAAUGGACAAUAUGGAAUGGACAAUCGGGCUACUCACAACUGCUGUCCAGGAAUUUCAUCCCGUGUGCUAAAUUGUCAUGAUCAGUGGUUUCAAGUUUGUAUCCGUAAAUAUAUUUUGAGCUGAUCUGAAAAUACUUAUUCUGCAUUUCCCGCUGUGUAAACACAUUGCAAAUAUGCUUGGGAUAACUCCUCCUGAUAAAGUUGGGUAGCUGAUAUUCAGAGCUUAAAUUGAUUAGUCACAGGAAUCAGGACUAAUAAAACCAAUGCAACGGCCUGUUUUACAAAUGGUGGGCCUACCACAUGGAUGGGCGUUCCUGAGAUAAAAUGUCAGGCAACACUGUAGGACAGGGAUGGGCAAGUCCAGUUCUCUGGGGCCUGAUUGGUGUCACACUUUUGCCCCAGCUAACACAGCUGACUCCAAUAAUCAACUAAUCAUGAUCUUCAGUUUAAAAUGCAAUUAGUUUAAUCAGCUGUGUUGACUAGGGAUGGGGAAAAAAGUGUGACACCACUCCGGCCCCCAAGGACUGGAAUUACCCAUUCCUGCUGUAGGCUAUAACUCCGUAAUCACAGACCGACGCUGAUGCCUUUUGGUCCUGUCCGGACCGGCCUUGAUUUCUACGUCCACGGACGUUGGUUUUUGGUCCCGUCCGGACCAAAUCUGAACCAAUCAUAGACGUCUAUGUUUGGUUCAGAUUUUGUCCGGUCUGGACCAGCCUUGAUUUGGCCCAAACAUAGAUGUCUAUAAAUGUAGAUAUUUUCAACUUUCAUCCAGAACCCAAAAUGAACCUGAUUUCAAAGACGUCUUUUCACCUUUCAUUCAGAACCUAAAUUUAAUCUAACUUCAACGUCUGGAAAAAUACAUAUUUUAGACCUCUUUUCAACAUCAUUUUGCUUACUGGGACAAUUAUUGUAGGGGCGGCAAUUUUUUUGUCUGGCCUAGGGCGGCAGAAUGGCCAGGACCGGCCCUGGGACUACCUAACCUUUCUUUGAACAAGGCUUUUCUUCCCCCACCCUAGCCAAGUGCUUAUAGCCAAACUUGCUUUUCCUUUAAGGUUAAAGUAAAGCCUAGGAUGCUGUGUUCUCUCUCUCCUCUCUUUCUCGUUUGUAUGUGUGUACUGGCUUUGGCUAUGUCUCGCUAAUCUGGAUUUGUUUCUCACCUUCCUUUGCCUCAUGUCCUCUGAUCAUUGAAGGGUCUCUACAGAUGAUGUGCUUCAACUGUACUUAUUUUUUAUAUCUGUCACAGAACUGUCACACUGCUUCAGAGAAAUGCUAUCAAAUUUGCAUAGCAUCAGCGCUCACCUCAGCUACACAAGACUCUUUCCGAUACGUCCCUCUCUCUGUCUUCCUCCCUCCCUCUCUCUGUCUUCCUCCCUCCCUCCCUCGCUCUGUCCUCCUCCCUCCCUCUCUCUCAAGGGUACACGCUGUGUCCGGAGGGGCCUAUGCUGAAAUGCGC